GUAAUAUUCCACUUGCUCGGAGAAUUAGAGCUUGAAGAGAGUAAUCUUCCCAAAAUCUGCAAAUGAAUGAAGUUGCUGCAAAGAUUACGAGCCCACUUGAGGUAAAAGAUUUUCCUUAAAAGAAAUUCGAAGAACUUGGGAAGGUUGGUGAAGGUUGUUAAGAAGAAGUGGCGCUGUUGGUCAUUUGAUUUUCCUAACUUUUCAAUAUAUAAAGAUAUGGAUUAUGGGAUAGUAGAAUAAAUGAUUAAAAAAUCAUUACUUUUUCUUCUGCCCAUUUUUGUAACAUACUGUAGUUUGCUUUUGAGCUCUUAAAUACAAAGUUGAACACAUAAAAUUGGUUUCUAUCUAGAGGUUUUGGUUUCUCAAAAAAAUAAAAAUAAAUGAAAGUAAUUGGGUAGCCAUAAAAAUAAUGCGAUGAUAAGAUGAACAAGAACAAGUAAUGCGAAACAAAAUCACAAAGAAAUGAUAAAAAUAUUAGUUUGUAGUUUAGGUAAAACCCUUGUUUAUUAAGGAACAGUUUGAAAAUUAGAUCAUUAAACAUAAAAAAUGUCAUUAAAAAUCGAGGGUAGGCGUUUACUUCAUAGUUCAUACAACUCAACCCACUCCCCGACAUGACCUCCUCAAUCUUUCUUAGAAACUAUAUAAUAAUUUAACAAUAUAACAAAUAAUAUAAAUUACUUAUGAUCGCUCGGUUUUAAAAGUUAACUCUAAAAUGGAAAUUAAAAGUCAAAUAAAUAUUUUGUAGUCUAGUAAUUUUCUAUUAAUGCUAACGUGUUACCCCCACGGUUACAACGCGAUUUAUGUGAAUAAUCGACCCAAAAAAAAGGGCUUUCCAAUCCAAAGUAGGAAAUCGAUAAUGAUGAUUUUGUAUUGUUUUGAAAAUUUGAAACGAAAGCGUGUGUAACUCUCGUUUUAACCUCGUCGUAGUAAUGAUGAAACCCAAAUUCAAACAAUUUCGUCUUUGUGAUGUCAACGUAAUAAAUAGUUUUCUAUAAAUAAGAAAAUUUGAAAUGGCGGCAUUAAAAUGAUCUUUCUUAUUAUAAAAUAAUUAGCAUUGCAACCAAUUCGUCAUCAUCGUCUGUCCCUCUACUUUGCAAACCCCGUAGUGAGUAAUAUUUAUAGUUAAGAUUCAGGUCAGAAGUUGGGGGAAAAAAAUCAAAACCUCUUCUCUUCUUUUUUCUUUUUUUUUUUUCUUUCUCAACAAAGAAAACUUUUCCAUUGAGAUUCUCUCUUAAUCUUCUUCUUCUUCUUCUUCUAAGAUUGAUUCAAAGUGAUUAGUAUAUUCGACGAUUUCAAAUGGGUGAAAUCAUCAUCGGUCACAAGGAUAGGCAAAUAUGGUCACCCUCUCAUGUUCUUCAAGAUCCCUUAUUUGAUCAUUCCACCAAACAUCAGAAAUCUGUCAAGAACCAUCACCACUACCACAACCACAACCACGGUAACGGUGGAUUCCGCCUGCCCGGCGCACCUCCUCUUAGAGAAACCUUUUCUAAGAACUAUAACUCAAGACAAAAGCAACAAAGCAAUUGGCAAAGGAGCAAAGGAGAGGACCGUAUGCAAGCAUUUUUCUUGGUUUCCCCUGGCCGUACAACUUCCGGUACCGGAGUUUUUCUUCCGGCCACUGCUUCUCAUACCCCCACCAAAAAGAAAUCAGCUUGUUCGCCGGUGCUUCUCCCGACGCGUGUAGUUCAAGCACUCAAUCUCAACAUUCACAACAAUGGCAUCCAUAUCUCUCCUCCUCAUCCAGAUAUUCGAGAAAAUAAUUUGAAGAAGAAGAGCGAAAUGUUGGUAAUGCCUAUGAAAAUUGAAGGUGAAACUCCGAUUGACUCGCCGGAGAAACUUCUACCGGAUGAAUGGAUUUAUUGAUGACCUGAUCCAAUCGAGCCUACCGUGGUGCCAUUGACCAACUUUACUUACUAAUGUGAACAAAGUAGAAUCAAACAAAACAAAAUGAAUAAAUAUCAUUGGAUUUUAUUAUGUGCAGUGUCCUGUAUGCUUUGUUACCAUUGGAUUACUGAUAUAAUAUCCAAAUAAGAUCAACCCGUUUGUUACUGUGUA